AGGCCUGUCUGGAAAAGGCGGAAGACGGGACGAGAACAACAGCAACGGCGGCGUCAACUCCCGAUAGUUGGCGAACAGCAAAAAAGAGAUAAGGCAGAGCCGAUUGUCGAGUACCCGGCCGGUAUCUUUUCGCACAGGUGUUAAGUUUACGGUUCUUCUGUUGGUAUUAUUCACAUUUACUCACACAAUGUCGCUAAUUGCUAAGAUUUUCGGCACGGGAGGAAAGAAUGCGAAAGCGCCCACUACCCAGGACGCUAUCCAGAAACUCCGAGAGACCGAGGAGAUGUUGGCCAAAAAACAGGAUUUCCUGGAGAAGAAAAUCGACCAGGAGCUCAUGACCGCAAAGAAGAACGGCACGAAAAACAAACGAGUGGCUCUGCAGGCUUUGAAAAGAAAAAAGCGAUAUGAGAAGCAGCUGCAUCAGAUUGAUGGGACAUUGUCCACCAUCGAGUUCCAGAGAGAUGCAUUGGAGAACGCCAACACCAACACAGAAGUGCUCAGGAACAUGGGCUUUGCUGCUAAGGCUUUGCAGGCUGCACACCAAACCAUUGAUGUAGACAAUGUCCACGAUUUGAUGGACGAUAUUACAGAGCAGCAAGAAUUAGCACAGGAAAUAUCAGAUGCCAUUUCCAGACCAGUCGGCUUUGGUGAAGACUAUGAUGAGGAUGUGCUCAUGGCUGAGUUAGAGGAUCUGGAACAGGAAGAGCUUGACAAAAAUCUUUUGGAAAUCCAAGGAACUGAAGAUGUCCCCCUGCCCAGCGUACCAUCUACAUCACUUCCAGCUAGACCAGCCAAGAAGAAGGAGGAGGAUGAUGAUGACAUGGCAGAACUUGAGGCCUGGGCAGCUAAUUAGGCUACCGUGCCAUGCUAGCCAGCUAGCGCUCCUCUCCCAUCUGUCUCUCUACUGCCAGACAGGUCUCAUUCAUCUGGAGGACAGACGGAGACUCUGGGCUGGCUGCAGGCAUGCUGCUCUUUCUUACAGUCGGCAUCCCAAUAUCUAACCAUACCCCGACCCUUAAGUAUGCACUUGUGCAGAUGUUUGCAAAUUCAAGAUGAUGUGACCUCCAGCUACUCUCUUCUAAUUGAUGUUACACUAAGAAUCACUUUACUCUAGCCACACACUCCUCUGUUUCUAAAGGGCAUACAGUGUAAAGUGUAUAGUAAAUAUAAUGCACUUAACAUCCUGUAGUUAUUUUUAUUUUAUUUUUGUUAUCAAAGUGCUCUUUAAGUAAAUGAGUGCUCAAGAUAGUCACGUGCAAGUGCAUACUUCGAGGGUAGGGUGUGUGGAGGAACAUGACAAUGGUUAUUUCUUCAAGGAAUCAAAAGAUGUGUGGGAAGAAAAUCAAAAAACAAAUUAAGACGACGUGACCAUUUCUCUGCUUCCUGUGUCGUCAUGCGAACCUAUAUGUACACAUCUCUGCUGAAUCUCAACUGCAGCAACACAAAAAACAUCAAAAUAAAUAUAUAAAUAUGAAAAUGUAGGACUUUUCUCUUUGAAAUAUCACUGUCAAAUUAUAAAAGUAGAUCCGUCCUAACCAAAUAACUUAAAAUUAUAGCAUCCAAUGUCUGAGCCCUCUGUCAGCCGUAUUGCCUCCAUGCAUAUCCUUGUUUACUGUAUUGAUUUGAUUUUCUUGGUUUCCACUAAUGACCUUUUUAUAUUAUGGUCCAUUCGUGUUAUUUUUAACAACCUUUUGAUCUAAUUCACCCAAGCAACGGAUUUUGUAUGUUUUUUCUAUGGCAAAUGCCAAUUAUUUGGCAGAUACUUUUGGCUGGUUUUCAUCUUUUUCCUCCAUCUGUUCAAUACAAAGCAAAUUAGAUUUUUUCAAAUAAACCUUUAGAUGGAAAAAUUAUUUUUUAGUACCUGACAACAAAAUGUGCAAACUUAAUUGGUCUAGGUAACAAGUCAAUGCUUACUAAAAUAUGGCCGCCAGAGGGCACACUUGAAUGCUUCUGUUGCUGCAUUUGAUAUUACAAGGUGCCUGACACCUCAAGCGCCUUGUCUGACAGUGAUGUACUCCUGAGAAGCCCCUACACGGGCUGAACUUAAAUAUAACGGUUGUGAAUGCGUGUGAUACUUUCUCAGUCUCUCGACACAGUGACCUCUUGUUAAUACUAAAGAUGGCAAGCUGGAUUUUUUGUUUUGCUCUUCUGCUCCUGACUCACCUGUUGUGCAGAAUUGGUUCAAACAUUGAACAACAAACAUGACACAUGUUGUUCUUGUUCAUGUUGAACGAAUGAUGUGAGUCUUCAGCUCCUGCUGCUGCUGCUGCUUACGCUGUAGCUACACCUUCCUCCUCCCAUCUGCACACACAUUUAUGCAUGGAUGCAUUGGGGUCAGUGUAGAAUUCAAAAAACUGGUUGAGAGUUUAAUGUAAACAUGACAUGCAUCAGGAUAUAAAUGUACAAUUCAAAAGGGUCAUUAUUUGACCCCAAUGCAUAUAUUUAGACAGACUAUCAAAUAGAGGUGUAGAAUGCCAACUGAUUUUUCUUUUUUUCUUGUGUGUUUCACAUCCAAAAUUACUCAUGCUGUCUGGCUCUACAGAAAAGGUGUGACCAGUACACGGUUCUGCUCAGAGUGAUACAUACAGUUGGACAUGGGAGAUCUUCCUUGUGGCAACCAUGUUGCUCUGUGACUGUUGUCAUUGUCAGGUUGUACACACUUUAUCUUAAUAAAGUUGGGAUCCAAUGCAGGUGUCGGCAUUGUUGCAUCUUUACAUACAAGAGGAAUUUUUUUCCCUUGUAUUUGUCAGUCUGAGAACAUCCUGAACUUGGUUGAAUGUUCUGCUAUUCAGGUUCCUUGUCCCUGACUCAAGCCAAGACACAACAACAACCAACAGCCACUAAUCCUUGAAAGCAACAAUACAAUUAAGCCCAGUGUUUGUAGAAAUGCUAUUUAAAGGGUACUGGAGGUCGAGACUGGAUUUGAAGAACCUUUAAAGCAACCUGACAAGGUGAUGCUUCCACUGAGAUGUGUUGUGUGUGUGUAAUUUUUACAUGAGGGAUACCAAUGUAAUGCUCAUUUAUUGUCAAAUCACAACUAUUUUUACAUUAAAGUGCUUUAUUUCAA